GUGCAGCCGCCCACCCUGCCGCCAUGUCUCUGACCAACACCGAGAGGACCAUCAUUGUGUCCCUGUGGGCCAAGAUCUCCACGCAGGCCGACACCAUCGGCACCGAGACUCUGGAGAGGCUCUUCCUCAGCCACCCGCAGACCAAGACCUACUUCCCGCACUUCGACCUGCACCCGGGGUCCGCGCAGUUGCGCGCGCACGGCUCCAAGGUGGUGGCCGCCGUGGGCGACGCGGUGAAGAGCAUCGACAACAUCGGCGCCGCCCUGUCCAAGCUGAGCGAGCUGCACGCCUACAUCCUGCGCGUGGACCCGGUCAACUUCAAGCUCCUGUCCCACUGUCUGCUGGUCACCCUGGCCGCGCGCUUCCCUGCCGACUUCACGGCCGAGGCCCACGCCGCCUGGGACAAGUUCCUAUCGGUGGUAUCCUCUGUCCUGACCGAGAAGUACCGCUGA